AUGGGCCUAUAAAUAUCUCCUCUCCGACCAAACUUAUGAAGGUCUGUCAGCAAGGUCUUCGGAUGGUCGUGGGUAUGUAGGGGUUAAAUAGCGUUAUUCAGCGUAAUUUUUUUGAACCGUGGUGCUAGCUAUAUCCCAUGGGGUAUCUUUCAUAUCAGUUUAAUAUUGUAACGUACUAUCUUUAAUGUGACGUCUUCCUGAGCUAAGACAGGAACAUUUGACGUCCAUAAAAUGACGUCAAGAUGCCGAGCAUUGGAGAGGUCCCCAAUGGCUCAUGGAAUAAUAGAACGUCACAGAUAUUGACGUCAAAAUAAUGAUGCAUCAUAAAGGAACGGCAUUGAAACAAGACGUUGGAGUGACGUAAAGCGUUUCAAGCCAUUGUCUCACGUCUGCUUUGGUACGAACGAUAGUGUUUUAUGCUCCGUCGUUCAUUAUAUACAGCAGUUACAGCAACAUUUUUGCUGUGAGGACAGACAAGCCACUCGAUUAACAAUUCGGCAGUGAUACCGGAGUCAACGGCAUUCGAUAUUUUCCUGAUGGCUGUACCAAAUCGUUUGAAAACUAACAUCAAAUACCACGUCAUUUACCCAAGGACCUCAUUUGAUGACUGACGAUUUAUAUUCCAUUGAUCUCGUGACUAGGACAGGAUGCCAUAUCACAUGAUCAUGGAUUUAAAUCUCGCGACUUUAGGAACGUCAAAUCAUCUGACCGACGUCAGCCAAUCAAAUGUGUAGAGCGUGAUUAUGACGUCAGUAAUUCCUGCAGAACUUUUACAGUCCUUGAACAAUUAGCAAGAUGGCAAAACGUACUGUUUAUCUAUCCGCGGGAAGACAUCAAGUUUACCAAAGUUUGAAGUGUCUUUCGGGAAUAGCAACGUGUGAAAAUGCCGAUUUUUCAGCGGGAAGCUCUGCUGGUACCAGGAGGAGUGUUUUUCUACGCCUCGGACCUGUGCAUUCGCAGGAACGGUUAAACAAGAAAACUGCCCAUGUGUGUUCCACUGGUCCUGAAGAUAUGUUCCAUAUGGAUGUGUUUGAUCGUUUGUCCGAGCUUAGCACGUGUCAGGAGUCGAUGAUAACCAAACUGACCUUUGAUACAUCAGCGUCUACUCCAAGAUGUGUGAGACUCCAAAACAAGAGGAUUUCUCAACUGGCUGUUUCAGAGGGUUGUGAUCAGGAAAGCUCAGUUAUUGUCGAGGAUCUCCGACAGAAACUAAAUCGGCUAAAGAAGACGAAAGAAGAACGAAAGACUCUUGACAGACAUCUCAGCCACAUGAUCAAAUUCGAACAGCACAAAAAACCGACGACAGAACAUGUCUCAAGAGUUUUUCCUCUCAGAUCACUGAUGGAUAACUCGACAGAGAAGAAGGUGAAGCAUUCUGUGACCGGAACAAUCGAUGAGUCUGUCAGCAAACGGAAAGUGACUACUCCAAAAAAGUUAGUCUGGAAAGACCGGAUAGGUGAUGAGCCUAACCCGCCUAGAUUGAGACAGUCUGCCGGUGUCCAUUUGUCCAGCGGCGGUCCACACUGGCAAGCCAAAGCAGCUUUACGCCAUGAGGAAUUCCGACGAGUACAGAAAUGGAACCUUCUGGAGAAGAGGAGGAGAAUUCGUCACUUGGUCAACACAGUCGGAAGUGACGAUACCAGGAGGACACCUUGUGAUCCAGUUAUCAGCAGAGAGGCCUUUUCUCGGAAAAGACAAGCACCAUCUAUAGAUCAUUUGGUUACCCCAUCGAAGCGACCUAGAAGGACAGGCUAAAUACAGACGAAUGUCGAAGUAAACAGUAUUCACGCUAACCUUUUGUCAGACUAAUCAUGACUAAUUAUCAUCAUAUGUAUUCACCAUUUUGACUGAUUGAUGAUGUAAAUCUUGAGUAACUUUUUAU